CUCAUUGCUCAGUGUUUUAAAAGCGUCUGUUGAAGCGCUUCUAACUUAUUCUUCCAGCACCACUCUGCGUGAUAGAAGAAGAUAAACAGACUGAGAAACCAUUAAACCAUCAGCAUCUGGAUUGUUUAAAGGUUAUCUGCUAUCAACUGCGUGUUGGAAGACGUGGCCGAGUGUGUGAGCUCUGUGUGGCACAGUCACUUCCGGAGUCGUUAUUUUCAUUCAAUGGAAUCUCAAGUAGCAACGUUGUACGGUUUUAAGUCGUACCUUUGUACAUGGCAUUUAUAAGAAAACAUGUCUCGAUGACCUUGUCAUCUCCUGUCAUCAGCUGAUCUGUUGCCAAGGGUUACCGGAGCCCAUCUAAGUGAAGAGCAUGAACAUUGAGCUCAAUUUUGCACAGCUAUAAGAACAUAAAAUCUAGCCGUUGGUAGAUGAGAAGACUGAGACAUCUUCCAGAGAAUCUUCUCUUCAUGAGGGGCAUCAAGUGGAUUGUUUUAACCCUAAAUGCUUAAACUAAAUAGUAAUUACCCUAAGAGAUGGUGGAUGCAUAUGCUCCUUUCUAAGAAGACACUAAACCAAAGAUUUAAAAGGCUAUUUUUGUUUCUGUCUUUAUUUAAAGACAAAUUUAUAAUUAUAUAUUAGUAUUAUUUUGAACUUUACUAUUAAACAUUUAAACAUGGCAUCGUCAAUGGAGGUAGCAGACAUUGUAGUUGUUGCACUUUAUUUUAUUCUUGUGCUUGCCAUUGGCUUUUUUGCCAUGUGGAGGGCCAAUCGCAGCAGUGUAAGCGGUUACUUCCUGGCCGGACGAACUAUGAACUGGGUGGUGAUUGGAGCGUCCCUGUUUGUCAGCAACAUCGGCAGUGAGCACUUUAUAGGCCUAGCUGGCUCUGGGGCAGCAAGUGGUUUUGCUGUUGGUGCCUGGGAGUUCAAUGCCAUUCUUCUCCUUCAGCUUCUGGGCUGGGUGUUCAUCCCGGUCUAUAUCUACUCUGGAGUAUACACAAUGCCAGAAUACCUUUCAAAACGCUAUGGAGGAAAACGGCUAAAGGUUUACUUUGCUGGUCUUUCACUUUUGCUCUACAUCUUCACCAAACUGUCAGUGGACUUAUAUGCAGGAGCUCUCUUCAUCCAAGAGUCUUUAGGCUGGAAUCUCUACCUGUCAAUCAUCUUGCUCAUUGCCAUGACAGCAUUGCUAACAGUAACAGGUGGCCUGGUUGCUGUGAUCUACACUGACACUAUUCAGGCCAUACUUAUGAUCGGCGGAGCAUUGAGCCUUACAGCCAUCAGCUUGAUUAAGGUGGGUGGACUGGAAGGUGUUAGAGAGAAAUACAUGGAGGCUGUUCCAAAUGUCACUGCCAUUCUUGCCAGGCACAACUAUAGUUUUGCAUACACCAAUUCCUGUCGGAUUCACCCAAAGACAAAUUCUCUCAAGCUCCUACGAGGGCCCCUUGAUGAGGACAUUCCCUGGCCUGGGUUCCUUUUAGGCCAGACUCCAGCAUCCAUCUGGUACUGGUGUGCUGACCAGGUCAUAGUACAAAGAGUACUUGCAGCUAAGAACAUUGCCCAUGCAAAGGGCUCCACCCUAAUGGCAGGCCUACUGAAAAUUCUUCCUAUGUUCAUCAUCGUUAUUCCAGGGAUGAUCUCCAGAAUAAUGUUUGCAGAUGAGCUGGCAUGUAUUGGACCUGAGCACUGCAUGGCAGUGUGCCACAGUCAGGCUGGCUGCUCUAACAUUGCCUACCCCAGACUGGUCAUGAGCGUAAUGCCAGUGGGCUUGCGUGGACUAAUGAUGGCUGUUAUGAUUGCUGCACUCAUGAGUGACUUGGACUCUAUCUUCAACAGUGCCAGCACCAUCUUCACCCUGGACAUCUACAAGAUGCUGCGCAAGUGUGCCUCAUCCCGAGAGCUAGUUAUCGUGGGCCGAAUGUUUGUGAUCAUCAUGGUAGGCAUCAGCAUUGCUUGGGUGCCAGUUAUCAUUGAGAUGCAAGGUGGCCAAAUGUAUCUAUACAUCCAAGAAAUGGCAGGAUACCUUACACCACCCAUUGCUGCUCUCUUUCUUCUUGGAAUUUUCUGGAAGCGUUGCAAUGAGACUGGUGCCUUCUGGGGUGGCAUGACUGGCUUUGUUCUUGGUGCCACACGUCUUAUCCUUGGUUUCAUCUAUCGUGAGCCUCGUUGUGAUCAGCAAGAUGAGCGACCGGCUUUCAUCACUCACGUCCACUAUAUGUACAUAGCUGCUGGACUGUUCUGGAUCUCAGGCCUGGUAGCUGUUGUGGUCAGUCUUUGUACUCCUCCUCCAAACAAGGAGAAUAUUGAGCGCACCACUUUGUGGGGACUACAAAAAUUGAAAAAGCUACCGGUGAAUGAUCAGAAGGAGAUAUACAAGCUAUCCAAUAAAAGUUCUGCCCACUGCAAUGGUAACAGCACCUGCCAGAAAGACCUGCCACUGGACGUCCACAAAGAACAAUGUCUUGAUGGGGCUGAUAUUAAACUCCUUAUGCCUUGCCCUAAUGACCAGGAUCCUAUGACACCCAGCACAGAGGCACCAACUCCAGUGGACACAUACAGCAAUGGCCAUGCAGAAUUGGUCGGGCGGAAGGAUGAAGGCAAAAGCAAGUCAGGGAUAUUCCAGUGCCUAUUUGAUUGGCUUUGUAAACAUAAGGAAAAUACAGCAGCAUCAGCACCAAAAGUCAUUGAAGAAGAUGAACGAAUUAUACAGGAGAUGCUUUACGAGUCCCCUAAAAUCAAAAUUUUGCUAAACUUCUGGUUGGUGGUAGUCUGUUUAGUGGGAAUCAUCAUGUUUGUCUACUUCUUGUAACAUCGUGCUCUUUUACUCAUUGGACACAUAUAUCAGCUAUUUAUUACUACAAAGGCUGUGUGGGUUAUAUAAAAAUACUUUUUUUUCUUUUUUGAAAAGGUGGUGUUGGGGUAUUCUUAAAAACAUUUGUUUGUUUAAUUGUCAUUAAAUCAAAUCACCAAGUGUGUGAAUACAUUACAACCAGAAGCACUUCUGCUACAGUGGAACUUUUAUAUUAAUACAGUAUGUAAUAACUGUAAAAUCUGUGAAUUCUGCCUUAUUUAUUGUAAGCAGUCCUUUAUCAUCAAGCGUGUUCGGGUGAUGGCUGUUUCAUGUAUAUGCAUUUAUCAUUGUUGUUUUAUGUAUUAAGAUGUAUAACAGAAUCUAAAACUCAACAAAAUUGAGUUUUAGAUUCUGCUAUGUUAAACCUCCCACCUGUAUUGUCAAAUUUGUUCUAAUCUUACAUUAGUAAACGUUAAAAAAUCUGUUGCGUCAUAUUUCGUAGAUUUAGGUCAUACAGGGGUAAAAAAGGGAAAUCAACAUGUGUUUGAUGUACAGAUAUGCUUAUCAGUGCUGUUCUAAGUGUAGCAAAAUUUGUGGAAACAUCACUUUUCCUGUUGGGCGCGUUUUAAUUAUAUAUUUCAGCUACAUUACUUAAACUGUGAACCUCUAAGGCCUUGUUUAGACUGCCAGCCCAAAUCCAAGUUUUGCUAUACAAAUUGAAAUCAGAUUGCUUUCAUAUAGUCUGAACAGUAAAAAAAACACAUUAAAUAUGAUAUUUUCGAUGUGUGCAAAUCCGACAUCCGGAGGCAAUUUGAAAUCAGAUCCAAAUCAAUUAUAAAGUUGUGGAUGCUUUACCUGCUCAAAUCGGAUGUCAAACUGUCCAUUGCAUCACUCACGUUAUGUCACUGUAACGAUGCUAUUGCAAUAUGAAAAGUCAUGCCCUUUGGGGGCUGAAUUUGUACAGGCAAGGCUAGAGGGAAGUAGCAUGCUGCAUGUAAUCAUCUGGUAUCAUUACCACAGCAACCAUUGCAGAUGUGUCAACAAUGUUUCGGAUUUGGGCUGCCAGUCUGAACAGAGCCAAAUCCGAUCUGGCCACUUUCAAAGAACAGUUUGGACAGUCCGUCUUAAACAUUAAAUUUGUGAAACAAAUUGGAUUUGCCUGCAGUCUGGACAAGGCCUUAGAGCAAUGUUUAGUGCUUAUAUGUACACAAAUGUAAUAUUCACCACCAAAAUGCCUUCUUGUCAAGUAGAAAUCCCCAAUUUUGGGAUUUAUCUAAGUGAUGGGUGAAAUUCUGUUGACUAGCGUCUCAAAACUUUCACCACUGAAACAUAAACCAUUCAAGCACAGCAUGUUUUUCUGCGGAUGUCAGUUCAUUCUGCACUUCAGGACAAACACCAGCUAGAAACAUCUGCUUAAAUCACAGUGACGCUUCAAUUUGACAAUAUGUGAAAGCAUAUCACUUAUCCCAUGUCAGGUCAGCUAAGCUUGGGAUGUCUAAUUUUGAUUGCUGUGCAAAAUAUUUAGUUCUUCUAGAGGAAGAAUUUCAUUUUGUGGUUGUUGUGGGAACAGGCAUUGUCUGUUGUACUGAUUUUGAAUAGACUAUUUAGUAAAAGAGGAAUUUAUUGUUGUUACAUGAAGAGGAAUUUACCAAAGCUGACUAUUUUUAAGUCAGGAAUUGGUAUCAUAUCAUUUGUAAUCUUUUUGUCAAUAUUUUGCUCUUCGGGUUGUGUUGAGUCUGGUUUUAAAAACCUUAAAGACCAAUAGAAACACUAUAAAUUAGUAUUGUGUGUACGUAGUAAACAAACCACAGAUACAGCUAUAGAAUACAAUUUUUCAAUGAUAAACAAUAUCUCCUAAGUCAUGUGCUAAAGCUGAAUGGGAUUCUAAUCUGUUUACAAAUUGUGUUAUGAGUCUUACCACUUCUUUGGUAUUGCCCCCAAGUAAAAUUAAGUUAAUUAAAAGGUAAAAGGUCUGCUAUGUUAGCUGGCACUGAUAUAUAUUGGGAAAUGAGCAUAGCUGGAUUAGUUAAGACUUGGGAUUGUUCCUAUUUUUCUGGUCCAGCAAAAAUACAUAAUGUGAAUGAAUGACAAAAUAAAAAUAAACUAGAUUUUUGUGCA